CUGCCAUUUUCUGACUUCGGUCAUGGCCACUUCCUCGGUCGCCCUGGCAGGUGCCUCCGCUAUGGCCGCUGUGGAAGAGCCAACUGCUGUGGAGGAGUCAAAAGCUGUGGACAAGCAAGGCUCUGAUACAUCUAAGGAGGCUGUCAAAGUCCCAAAGCCUAAAAAAGCCACCUCAGAGAAGAAGCAGCAGCCAGAGAAAUGCCGUCGCUCUUUCCGCCUUCUCCAGCGCCAAUGUAUGAAGGAAGAUGAGCGCCAAGCUGCCCACCUCAUCAGACGCUGUAGGAACAGCUUCGCCAUUUAUUUUCCCAAGGUGCUAAGAAGAGUCCAUGUGGGCUUCACCCUUUCCGAGAAGUCCGUGAGCAUCUUGGAUUCAUUUGUGAAGGAUAUGUUUGAAAGAAUCGCUAAUGAAGCAAGCAACCUGGCCCGUCAAAACAAAAGCUCGACAAUCAACUCUAGAGAGAUCCAGACUGCUGUGUGUCUUCUGCUUCCUGGCAAGAUCUGCAAGCAAGCAGUGGCUGAAGGCACCAUGGCCCUGGUCCGGUACAUCUCUAGCAAGUGAAUGGCUUCGACUUCCAACAAAACCCAAAGGCUCUUUUCAGAGCCACCACUUUUUCUAAGAGAGCUGUAGCAUCAGCUCAAUUUGACCUUA